UUUUUUUCACAGCGCUGCCUUGAGCUCUUCGUCCAUAUUUCCUUGUUUCUAUCUCAGUCUGGUUCCUGAGAAUUCUUAGUAGUAGUAGCAAAGGAGAAAACAUGGGUCUGAUCGGUAAGCUUCAGGCUGAAACUCUCAUCAUGACUACUGCUGAUAAGUUCCAUGAAAUUUUCUGGUGCAGACCACACCACAUCUCUAAUGUCUGUCCUACAAAGAUUCAGAAAGUUCAUCUGCAUGAGGGUGAAUGGGGCACUUCCGGCGCUGUCAUUCAGUGGCACUAUAAUAUCGAUGGGAAUGAUCAUGUAGCCAAAGAGAUUGUAGAAGCCAUAGACGAGGAAAACAAAUCUGUCACUUUUAAAGUCAUCGAAGGAGAUCUCAUGAAGGAAUACAAAAGCUUCAGGAUCAUUGUUCAAGCAAUUCCAAAGGGUGAUGCCACUUUCGUGCAUUGGACUUUAGAGUAUGAGAAAUUAAAUAAAGAUGUCCCUGCUCCAAUUAAAAUACUUGGAUUUGUAGUUCAUGUUAGCGAGGACAUCGAUGACCAUCUUGUCCAAGCAUAGACAUCAGAGGCAUAUGAUAUGGUAAUGUUGUGUACGAGUAUGAGACAAGUUUGAAAGUUUUAAUUGCCUCUUGUCCUAUGACUAAUGUGAUAUAUGAUGCAUAAUGUAUGGGAACAUUGAGCCAUAUAAGGCUCAAGUAUGCUUUGGUGCGUUGUUGGAUUGUGGGAGGGUUUCUAAGCAAACUUUUGUAUUAGGUGUUUCUCUUAUUGUACCCAAAAUAAGGCAACAAUUUAUAUGGCUCUAUAUAUAAAGAUCCAUAUUAUGUAAUUGGAAGUUGUCAAUUUGUAUGUUGUUGAAUGGUAAGUGAAUAUUUGACUUAGUUUGUUAUUUGA